AUGGCUGUAACUGCCACUGGGACGCCGGCGAAAAAGGUCAAAAAGCGCACUUCUAUCGCGGACCUUGCGCCCACACCCGGACCUACACCUGACGGAGUAACGGAGACUGCGAAAAAGAGGAAGAAGAAGCGUGCAGAGGCCGUUCCGGAUGAAGCGCCUUUGGAGGAGACGCCCGUGAAGGCGCGUAAGAAGGAGAAGAAGGCGGCGAAGGAUCGGGCAGAGCAUGAUCAGGCAGUGGAGGAGGACCUCGAGCUUGUUGUAACGCAAUUGGACGAUGCGAUGGGUAAGAAGGAGAAGAAGACGCGAAAAAAGAGCGAGGUAGCACCUAUCGAGGAGAGCGCGAUAGUCGCAGAGGCGGUUGCAACAGAGCCUUCACCGGAGAAGAAACGGAAGCGAAAGAGUGAGGCCGCUUCAUCUUUAGAGAAGACACAAGAACCGGUUCAGACGCUCAAGGAGAAAAAGACAAAACACAAGAUUGAUGCGCCUGCUGUCCUACCUGUACCUGAUGUUGAAGUGCCUACUCCGGUUGACAACGCCAUGGGUGUGGAACCUAUCGGCGAGCCAACACCUUCUAAGAAAGAGAAGAAGAAGAGGCGCAAAAGCGAGGUUGCUCCUAUGGAUGUUGAUACGCAAGUACCAGCGCCUACGCCGACUGCUACCCCCGAAGCUGGACCUUCUACAGCUGAACCCAAGAAGGAGAAGAGAAAGAAGCACAAAACCGACGCCACCGCUGCGCCAGUUGAAGCUUCUCCCGAACCUGUCGUGUCGACCGUUGAACCCGUCACUCCUGCAAAGAAAGAGAAGAAGCGUAAACGAAAGGAUGCAGAGGAUGCCAUGGACGUGGACACUCCAGCGAAGCCGGCAAAGAAGUCGAAGGCUAGCGCAAUAGUAAACCCUUCAAGCGACGAGAGCCUGUCGUCUUCUGCAAAAGAGGCUCUUUUGUACGCACACGCACACCAUAGGGACCCAGCUGCCUUCAAGUUCAAUAAGGCCAAGCAGAGUUGGCUCGUGCGCAAUAUGUGGAAGUUGGACGAGAUACCGGAGAACUAUACGCCACUCCUGGCACAUUAUCUUGGCACCGUACAGGGUCAGAUGCGCAAAACCUUGACCAACAUCUGCAAAGACAAACUUGACGCAAGUGAUGAGCCGGAAGGCAUUCACUCACGCGCUCAGGCGUGUCAAAACGCGCUCGCUGCGAACGAACCUGUUCCUGGCGCAUGA